AUGGAUGCCACACAAUUUAGAGAUCUCUUGGAUUCAAUGGGCCUGCAACAACAUGUAAAACAACCCACUCACACUCAAUGUCACACCCUUGAUUUACUUAUCACCCGGCAGUCUGAUGUCAUAGUAGCGAAAGAACCAGAGAUAGGGAGAUAUUUCUCAGAUCAUGCCAUUGUCCUAUGUGAUCUUAGGACAGCUGUGUCUGCCUCUAAAGUCACGCAUGCUGAGUUCCGGAAACUCAAAGCAAUUAACAAGCAACAGUUUUUGGAAGAUAUUCGUAAUUCUAGUUUAUAUCGUGACCCUCCUAAUACUCUUGAUGAACUUGUGGAAUGUUACAAUAAUACUGUAAGAUCAGUAUUGGACAAACAUGCGCCAGUCCGGGCUCGCCACCUGAAGUCUCAGUCAAGUCCUCCAUGGUUUAAUGAUGAAAUAGUGAAGGCGAGACGUGAAAGACGGCGUGCUGAAAGGAAAUGGCAGGCUAGUCGGCUUAAUUCGGAUCUCGCUGUAUUUAAAGCCAAACGAAAUUUUGCAUUGCAUGUCAUGAACGAGUCUAGACGGGCCUAUUAUAAACAAUAUAUUGAUGAGAAUAGUUCUGACCAGGGAAGGCUUUUUCGGGCCAGUAAACGCCUUUUGAAUUUUCAUGUAGAUAGGGCUCUGCCGCCUCAUUCGGAUGCUCGGAUGCUAGCAAAUGAGAUGGGCGAGUAUUUUGUCCACAAAAUCACGGCUAUUCGGUCUGCGCUGGAUGCGGAUGCCAGUGGCGCAACUUCGCUUGCUACAUCAGCCUCAACGUGUAGUGAGUUUUCUGAAUUUUCUCCACUGUCUGAGGAGAGUGUACGGAGAAUUGCUGCCUCAUGUGCAAAGUCGUGUGCCUUUGAUCCCCUACCAUCGUCUAUUCUGUCCUUCUGUUUGGAUGAACUGCUCCCUGUUAUUAGGAAAAUUGUCAACUUGUCUCUUGAGUCUGGCGUCUUUGCAGAGAACUGGAAGAAUGCUUUAGUUCACCCCUUGCUUAAGAAAGCAGGACUCAAACCUAUUAACAAAAAUUUUCGACUGGUGAGCAACUUGCAGGUUACAUCAAAGAUCACGGAAAAGUCCGUGGCUAUCCAAUUACAAGAUCAUAUGACAGCCAUAUCGGCAGAAUCACAGCACUGA